ACAAAAGAAAAAUGAAUAAAAAUAAUGAUAAAUUUUAUUUUUUGUUCUAUACUAUGUUACCUGUAAUUGCGUGAUCUCUCAGGAGCACUACCAAGCUGAUCUGAAGAGUGACGUUUCGCAUAGAAAGAAGCUGACUGAAGCGGAUGUGAUUGUUUUAAAAGCCAUCAGUUUUGAUACUGAGAACCUGGGAUCAAUAGCUGAGAAAGAAGCGCCGUGCCCUGCAACCUCCGAACCCCGUGAUACAGAUGUCACACAACCGGUGACAGUGGAGGUAAAGGCCGGCGAGCCACUCGACUUGCUGGCAUGUGGCAUGCAUUUCAACGAAGAAGAAAAGAAGUACAACAAUGGUUUACUGAUCGAUUUGUUCUCUAAAAGUCAAAAUGGUGCAAGAAAAGUACCUCUCCCACCUAUUGAGCAGGAGCAUCGUUAUUCGAAACGUCAACGCAUCGACGACGAUGGACCGAUCGACCACGAUCUAAUGGCUGCCUUGGGGUUCGGGAAGAAUCGUCAUAGAAGUUAGUA